AGCUGGAUACAGAGCCGUUGUGGCUAGAAGGGAUACAUAUACGGCCGGAAGUGAUGCAAGAUCUCGCCAUAGAUUUACAAUGAACUACAAUAGCCAACGCCUACAGCUGCCCUAACCAUACAAUAACACAUAAAUAAUGGCGCUACAUAGAAAAAAUUGGUAAUCUGAUGUUUCAUUCAACGUCUGAAAGUUUUUCUUCGACUCCUCAAUGGAGCCACUGGCAGCCAACACCUUGGAAAACCCAGAAUGCAUUGCAGCAUUUAAGGACGAUCACCUCUCCAGUCUGAAGUCGUUGACCGAGAAGCUCAAACUUGAGACCGAAAAGUCAUCUCAUCUUGACUGGAGAGCCCAGCUGGAGGCCAUGCUGACCACCAGCCACAACAGCUCAUCCAGUGAAGCAGAGAAACACGCACGCUCACAUCCUUUAAGAUGCUUAAAACCGUCAAUGAACUCUGGUGUGUUUAAUGAAGUUAGACAGCCCGCAGGGGGCAUGAUGGGAUUUAAAAGUAUAGAUCAAGCGCUGGAGUGGCUCAGAAAAGAGCUGGCAGAGAUGCGUUUGCAGGACCAGCAGCUGGCGCUUCAUCUAAUGCGACUGCGCAGCAACAUCAACAAUCUGAGAAUCGUGCAGACAUGCAACCAGCAUUGCAUUAUGUUGAACGAUGUCACGUUCGAGCUUGAGGCGCGAGAUGAUAUGUCGGGUUUGUGUGACGUCCCUGUGUCUCCUGGAUUAGGCCUCUCCACGCCACUCAAGGUCAUCGGAGUAACAAAGAUGAACAUUCAUUCUCGACGUUUCUCUCUGUGUUAGCAACCGUGUGUGUUUAUACUGCAUGUUUUAUAUUCAAUCUGGGAUUUAUCUUCCCAUGAGAUGAAGAUCACAACUCAUUGUACUCGUGUACUGUGACGUAUUUUAGAGUUAACAGGAUAUGUAGCAUUUAAAAAGAACAAGGCAGGGUCUUGGGUUCAUUUUUCUGUAAUUGAUGGAUGGUAAAAAGUGUCUUUGUGGCAGGUGGCACUAUGACAAGACGGCUUGGUGGCUUCAGCUGUAACGGAAAGGCGUUACACAGGUUGAGCGAGUUAUUCCAUUUUGAUGAACGAUUUCAAUAACACUCUUUCUAUGGAAUGAAUUUCUCAAAGUGAGACCAGGAAACUACGAAGAAAAUAGAAUCAACAUGUUACAUGAAAUCUUAAUGUAAUGUCUUUGCCAUGAUUUUGUUAUUUCCCUUUUAACACUUCCAACGCUUUGGAACAGCAACAUUUCCUGAAGUGUGAAGAUCCCACAACAGAUCUGCUGAAUGAAGCUUCUAGUACAGAGAUACUGAUCAGAGAGUCACGCAGACACCACACUGUGCGCUUGAGAGAAGACACACGGGAUGGGCAUGAAACUCUUUUUUAUAAAAAAUGUCCAUCCGAGACGUUGCAGAAUGAAAUUCAGAUGGUUAACAUUGCAAAAAAGAUUAUGAACCAUCCGCAUUUUUCCAUUAAAAUCAUCACAAAUUUCAUUUUGGAGAUGUCUUAUUCCAGUAAGAUUUAAUGGUGCUCUAUUGGUUCUCAUAGUUAACAAUAAAUCCAUCACAAUUUCUGUGUAGAAAUUCAAAAAACAUUUUUUACAACAAGACGACAAAACAAGGUUUAAGAAAAAUAUGUACAGAUGUGCAUUUAGCCGAACACAAUCUACAGAAGUGUAUAUACAAAGGUUUUUAGUUUAAAUGUUUGUAACAUGUUUGCUAUAUGUUGUAUUUUUAAGAAGACUAAGCAACAGGUUUUUUCUACAGAAGAAUAAUGUUUUUUAUUCUAAUCAUUUGAUUUUAUAGA